AUGUUGCGCGUGGUCGAUGCACUACAGCUUACAGCUUCCAAAAAAGUAUCAACACCAGCGGACUGGAUGUUCAAUGAACAUAACAUCGCUAACCAGACACUGCAGGUUAACAGCAAAAGGUCUGCAGGCCUCGAAGCAGUAACUGCCACCAAAGGCAGGUUGAAGCCAUAUCCUCCUUCUAUCCCGAGUCCUCGCCGACCACCUCGAUGCGCAGUUCAGCAAGCAGUACAAGGGAACGGCCGUGCAGCUGCCGGAUAG